AUGGCAUUACCCACCAAAGGACGUGUAAUCAUUGACACCACUGUCGGUGAAAUCGACAUCGAACUAUGGUCCAAGGAAACUCCCAAGACAUGCCGCAACUUUUUGACGCUGGCUAUGGAGGGAUACUAUGAUGGCGUAAUAUUUCAUCGCGUAGUACCCGGGUUCUUGGUACAAACUGGUGAUAAAACGGGUACCGGUGCUGGUGGAGAAUCAAUCUACGGCGACGUUUUCGAGGAUGAGAUUCAUCCACGGCUACGCUUCGCUCAUCGUGGGCUCGUGGCCAUGGCCAACAAUGGGAAGAAGAACUCGAAUGAUUCGCAGUUUAUAAUCACUCUUGACAGAGCUGACGAGCUACAUGGAAAGCAUACGUUAUUCGGAAGACUUGUUGGGGACACAGUGUAUAAUGUCAUGAAAAUAGGCGACAUGGAACUCGAUAGCGAUGGGCGACCGUUAUAUCCACCUAAAAUCAAAGGCAUCCGCAUAGUCGACAAUCCUUUUGAGGAUAUUGUCCCUCGAAUUACAGCCGAAGAGAGACGCGCCCAGGCUCGCGCAAGAGAGCAGGCACAGCGUGAGAGGGAAGAAAUGGAGCGACGUAAGGGGGCAAAGAAGUCGGACUUUCUGUUCUCGAACGUCAAACUAUUGAGUUUUGACGACGACAAUGCUGAAGAGGAAGUCGUUUCAUUCAAAAAGAAGGGGAUUGCCCGAACAGACUUGGCGGAGGAUCCCCGGCCCUCAGUGUCAAUUCCCGACUUUGUGAGAAAUCCUCCAAAGACAAGUGUGAAGACGCCCCAGGAGACGCCCGAGAUGAAAGCCAACAAGAAGAAAGCUGCCUCGGAUUUAACCAAAAUCCGGGAACAACACGCUCAAGGGCUGGCUGCCGGAGAGAAUGCCCGCAAAGACGAAAUUGAGAAGAUGGAAGCCGAAAUCCGGAAACUCACGAAGCGGCGUGACGGCUAUGACAGCGACGAUGAGCGUGCGGCGAAACGUACCAAGAAGUCGUUUCUCGAAGAAGAGCUAUCCAAGUACUCCAAGGGUCGUGGUCUGCGCAAGAGGGGGAAACGGCGAGAUGAAGGAGGCAUCCUUGCCGCCUUGGAUUCAUUCCGUGGCAAGCUGCAGGGUACGAUGCUAGAAGAGGAACCGGAACCUCUGGAUGAAGCUGUGGAGCCGAAUGUGGAGAGCGUGCCGGGGCCAGACGACCCUGGCAUGGAGGUCGAUGAUGAUCGUGGAUUUUUGGGACAUGCACUGCGUUUCCCGAAAGACGAUGGUGAGGAGAGUCGGAAGGCAGAGCGGGAUUACGAGGUCAUUGACCCACGCCAACGGAAUGCUCGGGCUAAAGAAGAGGAACGGGAGAGGAGGAGGGCUAUGAAGGCAAAAGGAGGGCGCGGAGGAAGAAGACGAUAA